AUGAAUGGCACUGACAUGGAGGAAAUACCGUUUCAGAAAGUCAAGACCAAGAGGAAGAAGUGCUGCCACUGCUGCUGUUCCCCUCCAGCUGCUGCGGCGCCGGGAGCGAGAGCCGGGCUGGGGGACCCUCCUCCCUUGCUGCUGCUGGAUGCCAUCGCCUGCGAAGACGAGUUUGACUGCAAGGAGCUGGAGGCGCUUUUCCAGAGCUACAACCUGAAGCUGGAGCAGACGUCCACCCUGAAGACGCUGGCCGUCCUCAUCGUGCUCACCGCCAGCCUGGCCGUGGUGGAACUGCUCUCCGGCCCCAGCCUGACCAUCUCCAAAGGCUCGCACCCGGUGCACUGUAUCAUCUUCCUCUCCCUCUUCAUCGUGACCAAUGUCAAAUACCUGCAGGUCACCCAGCUGCAGCAGAUCGUCAAGCUAACCUUGCUCUUCAGCUUCACCUUCUCCUUCCUCUGCUGCCCCUUCUCGCUAGCCUCCUACGGCAUGGAGCCCCCCAGCGCCCCGGAGCAGGGCAUGUGGCAGCUCAUGCUCGUCACUUUCAUCUCCUACUCGCUGCUGCCUGUCCGGACCCUGCUGGCCAUCGUCUUCGGGCUGGUGGUGUCUGUCUCCCACCUCAUCGUCACCGCUACAUCCGUCAGUGCCAAGCGGCAGCGGCUCUGGAGAACGCUUGUGGCCAAUGCAAUCCUUUUUGUCAGUGUAAAUUUGUAUGGGGUCUUUGUGAGGAUUUUGACAGAAAGGGCUCAAAGGAAAGCAUUCCUUCAGGCCAGGAACUGCAUUGAGGACAGGCUGAGGCUGGAGGAUGAAAAUGAAAAACAGGAACGCCUCUUGAUGAGUCUUCUGCCCAGGAAUGUUGCAAUGGAAAUGAAAGAAGAUUUCCUGAAGCCUCCUGAAAGGAUUUUUCACAAGAUUUACAUUCAAAGGCAUGACAACGUUAGCAUUUUGUUUGCAGACAUUGUGGGGUUCACUAGUUUGGCAUCACAGUGUACUGCCCAAGAGCUGGUGAAGCUGCUCAACGAGCUCUUUGGCAAAUUUGAUGAAUUAGCUACAGAAAACCAUUGCAGAAGAAUAAAAAUCCUAGGGGACUGUUACUACUGUGUAUCAGGACUGACCCAACCCAAAACAGAUCAUGCCCAUUGCUGUGUUGAAAUGGGACUUGAUAUGAUUGACACCAUCACGUCUGUUGCAGAAGCCACAGAGGUUGAUCUCAACAUGAGAGUUGGAUUGCAUACAGGCAGGGUGCUUUGUGGGGUCCUGGGUCUGCGAAAAUGGCAGUAUGAUGUCUGGUCAAAUGAUGUGACUUUAGCUAAUGUAAUGGAAGCUGGAGGACUGCCUGGGAAAGUUCACAUUACAAAGACCACCUUAGAGUGCCUAAAUGGGGACUACGAGGUAGAACCAGGAUAUGGUCAUGAAAGGAAUAGCUUCUUGAAGAAGCAUAAUAUUGAAACAUAUUUUAUUGUGCCAUCCCAUCGUAGAAAGAUAUUUCCUGGACUGAUUCUCUCAGACAUUAAGCCUGCUAAACGAAUGAAAUUCAAGACAGUCUGCUACCUGCUUGUUCAGCUCAUGCACUGUCGUAAGAUGUUCAAAGCCGAGAUCCCUUUCUCCAAUGUCAUGACGUGUGAGGAUGAUGAUAAGAGGAGAGCAUUAAGAACAGCCUCUGAAAAACUCAGGAAUCGUUCCUCUUUUUCUACCAAUGUUGUAUACAAUACUCCAGGAACUCGAGUAAACAGAUACAUCAGCCGUUUGAUAGAGGCCCGACAAACUGAGUCUGAGAUGGCUGACUUGAACUUCAUUACACUGAAGUAUAAGCAAAUUGACCGUGAAUAUAAAUACCACCAGCUUCAGGAUGAGUACUUCACCAGUGCUGUAGUUCUCUCACUAAUUCUAGCUGCCUUAUUUGGCCUUGUCUACCUUCUAAUAAUACCACAGAGUACCGUAGUUCUUGUUCUCCUGGUGUUCUGCAUAUGCUUCCUAGUGGCUUGUAUUAUGUACCUACACGUCACACGAGUACAAUGUUUUCCAGGGUGCCUGACAAUACAAAUUCGUACCAUUUUGUGUAUUUUUAUUGUGAUCUUAAUAUACUCCGUGGCUCAAGGAUGUGUGGUUGGCUGUAUGCCGUGGGUUUGGAAUACCAAUUCCAGCAGUUCAAUAGUUAUCAUUUCUCCUGGUGGAACAAAUAAAACAAUGAAUGAACUUCCAUGUGACACAGCCCACUAUGCUUUCCUUUCCUGUGUAGUGGGAACUCUCACCUUGGCAAUAUUUCUACGUGUAUCUUCCUUGCCAAAAAUUAUUCUCCUGCUUUUUGUUACAAUUUUGUACAUAAUUAUUCUGGAACUCAGUGGUUACAGAAAAGCAGUGGGGGGUGGCUCCUUUUAUAUGCGUGGCUAUGAACCAAUACUUGCCAUUUUGCUAUUUUCUUGUGCUUUGGCACUGCAUUCCAGACAGGUGGAUUUGAAGCUGCGUCUAGACUACCUCUGGGCUGUGCAGGCAGAAGAAGAGAGAGAUGAUAUGGAGAGAGUCAAGCUGGAUAACAAAAGAAUUCUCUUCAACCUGUUGCCAGCACAUGUUGCACAGCACUUUCUUAUGUCUAAUCCAAGAAAUAUGGACCUUUAUUACCAGUCAUAUUCACAAGUGGGAGUGAUGUUUGCUUCCAUCCCAAAUUUCAAUGAUUUCUACAUCGAAUUGGAUGGCAAUAACAUGGGAGUGGAAUGUUUACGCCUGUUAAAUGAAAUUAUUGCUGAUUUUGAUGAGCUCAUGGACAAAGAAUAUUACAAGGAUAUAGAAAAAAUCAAGACAAUCGGAAGUACCUAUAUGGCAGCUGUGGGACUUGUACCUACUUCAGGUACUAAGGCUAAAAAAUCAAUUUCUUCCCAUCUGAGUACACUGGCAGAUUUUGCAAUAGAGAUGUUUGACGUUCUUGAUGAAAUCAACUAUCAGUCUUACAAUGACUUUGUCCUACGAGUUGGUAUUAAUGUUGGGCCGGUAGUGGCUGGAGUCAUUGGAGCCAGAAGACCACAGUAUGAUAUCUGGGGGAACACUGUAAAUGUUGCCAGUCGAAUGGAUAGUACUGGAGUGCAGGGGAAAAUUCAGGUGACAGAAGAAGUUCAGCGGAUAUUAAAAAGGUGCAGUUACGAAUUUGUAUGCAGGGGUAAAGUCAGCGUAAAGGGAAAAGGUGAAAUGUUGACCUAUUUCCUGGAAGGAAAGGCCGAUGGAAGUAAUUCACAAACACAGUCUUUAAACUUAGAGCGGAAGAUGUACCCUUAUGGGAGAGCAAACACUCAAACAAAACAGGGCACCAGGAGUGCAUCGGUGUCCUCAGUUGCUAGCUUUACUGUAAAACCUGGGCUUGACGCAGGGCAAACAUCUGUCACUCACACAAAUCCAACAUUGCAUUAUCUUCCUUCUGUGCCAGCAGUGAAGGACGUAUAGGGCAAAAGAAACUUGGUAGUGCCAUUUGCAGAGAACUUGGAGAGCAAUGGUUGCCUGAAUUUUUACCAAGAGAUCAGAGGUCAUAGGCUAUGGCAUUAACAAAGGACCACUACAACCCAACCAAAGAGAACUUGGGAACUGUGUAACAAACUCUUGGGAUGGAACAUAAAAGGGCUAGCAAUUCUGUUAGGAAAAGUCAGAACCUGCUUUCCUGGAAAUGAGAAAUAUUUUCUUGGCAUUUUGAAAGGGAAAAUGAAAAAAAAAAAAAUUAUAUAAACAUGCAAGCAAUUAUUUAUGUGUGUGUGUAUAUACAUGUUUUAAUCUAUAUAUGCACAUAUACAAAAAGUCCUGUGUAUACUUAAUAGAUUAAUAGAGAUAAAGAUAAAAAUAUGUAUUUAUUUACACAUCCACCUGCAAUGAGGUAGCAAAGAGAUUUCUCUUUCUGUCACAGCAAGCAUUGAUCGAUCUGGGAUUAGGUAAGCUGCAUUUAACUGUGUUGGGCAGGUGGAGACUCUCCAGGGCUACAGCAGGAGUUAAUAGAAACUGUGUUGCAAGUGCAUGAGUUAAAGCAAUAAGAACAUUGUUCAUUGUGCCAUGGAUGACAGAAUAAUGAAGGCUGGAUUCAGCUUAUUGACAAACCCUAUGUAUUUUUUAGAAUUUUCCUUGCAUGCUCCAAAAACUUAAAAAAAAUAUAAUUCAAACCAUAACAUACGACAUAGGUAAACCACAGAACUUAAAGGUUUGGCAGAAGAACAAUAUAUAUUAUUUCCAUUAAAAAAAAAAAAAAAAGAGUGGAAGAGUUUAGAAGUUGCUACCUCCUUGCAUGUCAUUUGACUUUGUGCAAGACAGAGGAGCACUCUGCAAGCACAACGAUAUCCUUAUGCAAUAUAGAAACAUUCCUUCAUAUACAGUGCGAUUUUUAUUGAAGAGCAGAAGGAUGGUAUUACUUCAGGCUUUUACAAACAGCACAGGUCUUGUGUCUCAGUUCCAGAAUUUAGCUUUACCUUUCUAAACAGCUCAAAGAAGUCCUGUACUGGUGACAAACAUGCUGUUGCUACCUUUGUGGCAUUUGUAUGUUUGCCAACAUAGUCUUAUGCCUUAAUUCAUUUUCAAAUUUUCGCCACAGGUUUAUUAUAUCUUGAUUCUACCCAGGCUCACUCUUCAAAGCUGUACAAUUAUAGAAAGCUGUAAUUCUGAGAAACAAGCACAGUCAAACUUUGCCCAAAUGCGGAGCACACUGGUGAACAUGCCAGAAGAGUGGGGCCUGCUCUUAAUAUGCAUAGAAGGGAACAUAUUUUGAGUGCUUUUCCCUUAAUGCAGCCCACAUGCUGUUUCUCAUAGUUUAAUCUUGAAUCACUGAUCUGGUUGUGAAGUGUGGGGUGCAGCUCCAUAUUCAAGGGGGGGCAGUGGGAGGUCAUCCUGCUGAGUGACAAUUUCUGCAUGGACAGGUGCCAUACUGUCCUGAUGGAAUGCACGAGAUAACCAGCUGCACCGCUUUCCAAAAGAGAAGCAAAACUUUACUUUGUCUAAAAACAUGCAAAGCUUCUUUUUAACUAAAAAACACCCCAAACAACCUAGGCAACCCUCCCUCCCACCCAACCCCCCAGUAAAAACCAAAACAAACAAAAACUGGACCAAACAAGAAAAGUCCACCCUGGACUACAGAAGUUGUCCAGAUUGUACAGUAGAAAACUUACAUGUACUAGAUGUCACAUUUCUCUUUGGUGUGCCUAUUUUAUUGCUGACUUCAGUCGAAAGAAUAUUCUAAGCAAUUAUCCUUAAAUCAGUAUUUGCUUUGGAGCAGUCACUGUUAAAACCAUAUGGACAAAUACUGUGUCAACAGAUGCAAAUGGUUAAAGAAAUGCUGCAGGAAUUUCCAUUCUCCAUGUAGCCAUAUGAGGCUCAUGUGGGACUCCAGUGGUUUUCAGCAGGGUUUUUAUGUACCCUGUCAGGUGCUUCAUUACAAAGCUAGUAAAAUUAGUGUUGUAAUUAAAGUGACUAUAAAACUGAGAACUGCUUCCUAACUCUACUAGGUGUAUGCGCUCUGGCUGAUCUGUGGAAAGUCAUUGCAUUUCUUUAUCUUCCUGACAGCUAUCUAGUUCACAGGUUCUUCUAGAAUAAGUCUGGUUUUGAGGCAUUCAAAGGCAUUUAAAUAAAUACAUGUAGAGAAUACACAUUUAAAAGAACAAAUAUCUGAAUAAUUAAAUUAAGUAGAAUCUAUGUAAAGCACACUGUAUAUUUAUGUUUCCUAAUAGGUUUGUAAGAACUAAUUCAUCAUACCGGUAAGGUAGAUACUUAACCAAAUAGAAAGCAUUAAGUGCAAUAUCUCAGGUCCACUCACCAAGCGCUCAAGUUACACAAUCUUUGAAUCAGUGAAUUUUAAUUUCACUGGUCAUAAUAAAACAUUAUUUUUACAUGUUCUGUUAUUAAAAUUAAAAGCAUUUUAACAUCCCAGCAGUAGAUGUGGUAGUAUGUGAACACAAAGACCAAAUGCAGCCAUUGACCCACCCCAAAAGCUUACAAUAGAAUUAUUUGUUAUUUUUUUCUAACGUUCAAAAUAUAGGCAUAGUGCUGUUGUUUCUUUUAUCACUAAAUAGACAGUGAGCAAAAAUGUCCCCUGUGCUAAUAUUUUUUUGAAUUGUCCUCAUUCCCAACCUAGUCCUGAAGUAAUGUUAGUGGAAGAUCAUGUAGAAAUGUGAAUUUGGAUUAUUCAUUUUAAUAUUUUAAAAUACUAGCAGGUGAUAGCAGAAUUAUGCCAAAAUUCUUCUAAGCCUGACCACAGAAAUACAGAAUCUUAGGGGUUGGAAGGGACCUCAAAAGACCAUCUAGUCCAACCCCCCCUGCCAGAGCAGGAUCCUCCUCUUCAACAAUAAAACGAGGCAUGUGACUUUUCUAAGAAAGUUUUCCAUGUUCAAUGGUAUGGACCAGACAGGUACAGUUCAUCAUCAGCUUCUCAUUCAGUCCUUUUGCAGCUCUUUGCCUCUGGAGCAUGCUGAGUGGACUAGGAUAGACUGAUUCUUGGUGCUGCACCUCGUCCAAUGUGUAUAUGCUAGCUUACAUCAUCAAUGAUAGUGUAUUUGGAGUCAGUUUCCAGACUUUGUUUGAGUCCUACCUUUUUCAUGUUUUUUGUUUUUACUGGCUUUCCUAUGUGGAAAACUUUAUUUUUUUAUGUAGUCCUGGACUGAGCUGAACAGAAUAAUGAAGAAAGUUGAGCCAAGGUACAAAUUAGUAAAAAGCCAUAUGAAAAUUAGCCAUUCCAAUGGGAAAACUAAAUGCCCAUUGAAAUCAUGAUAUAAUGAAACUGUGUUCUUGCCUGUAUGCUUUCUCUCCCUAUUCAUAAUAUUUUCCCCACUUUUCUUUUCUGUGUAUAUAUAUUUUUUUUUUUUUCAGCUCUCAUGUGAUAGCUUUAAAUGACAGUUUUAAUCUCUCUGCUCUUCUUUGAUAUAUUCAAUGAGUUUUAUACAUGGAAAGUGGUAGUAGCAAUACUUUGACAACCCCACAAAUGCACAUUUUCUGCCAAAUUAGAUGCCAAUAAUCAAAUUUUAUUGGUAAUUGGAUGAAUUUGGGUUGUAUCCACCUUGCAUGCAGUUGUAUUUCCUGUUCUGCAUUCACUAAUUUUGUGGUUAAGCUCUGUAACUUUUGCCUGGAUGAUCUUGCUGUAGCCCCAGCAAGGAGUCAGUUCUGCCCCAUAGUACCCGAAAGUCCCUCACAUUUAACCAAGGAUAGUAAUUUGCUACCUGGUGGGUGGAAUAGCCUCCUGCACUUCUGUUCACUGUUUUGUGCAGCUGUUAGCUUAAAAAAAAUUAACAGAUACACAACAAAGUGAUGCCAUUUUGGCAUAUCAGUGUCUGUCAGUAGCAAGCACAAUAUUUCACAUCCGUUUGCACAUUUUCUUUCAAAUUACAGUAAUAAUCAAAGUCUUUCUUUAUAUAAGGCGAUAAGCAUCAAAGAUCUUCAAACUUCACUGUCUUGGGAGCUAAUUCUGAAGCAUUCCUGUGCUACCUUUAUUUUUAACUGAUUUUUCAAUUAUUAUUCUCUGCUGAGAUUACAACCGACAGUCAGUUAAAUUAUUGGCUGAGUAUUUCCAAAUAUUUUCCAUUUGUGUUGACCAGGAUGCUAUGUUAUGCAGCCUAUAAAAUGUGUUGCUUUUUGUAGCUGCUUCCUGCUGUGGCAAGUUGCACUCCCUCAUCUUCACUAAAACACAUUAAAAUUCUCCCUUGCUUUCUCUAGGCAAGAAUGAGAGCCAAAAGCUUCAGCUCUUUAGGGCUGAAUCUGCAUCCCUUAUGUACCUACAAGGCCUGCAGACAUCACCAGGAGUUUAGCUUGCUUAUGAAGGUGAGGAGUUGAGCCAAGCUCUGCCUUGGGUUACAGCGAUGUCUCGUGCUAGUACUGAACUGAAUACAACAUUGUAACUGAGAGUAGGUCAUAUGCCUAAAUCUCUUCCACAUUUUUGCCUGAGAUUUAUAUGUAAGGCAAAAGAGAGUAGUUGGGACUCACUGUUUGAGGAGAAGCAGUAAAUGUCCUGUGCCAUUUCAGUGCUUUGUAGAGUCUGAAAACAUUAGUAAAGUAGCAUGAAUCAUCUGUAUGUGUUCUGCCCAAGCAGGAGGACUAUUUAGCCAUAACGUUCUUUAAAGUUUUGUAUUACAGUGAAAACCAACAUUUUUUAAUUUGUGAUAAACCUGUAUUAUAAUGCCUUAUUUAUUUUUAAUCUUGUACAGUGUUACAAAACAACAGAAAACAUUUGCCUUUCAUGUAUUAUUCACUUAAAAAAGAUGUAUUGUAUUAUGAAAUUUUGUAAAUAGUUUUAGCUCGGACAGUUAAUUGCAUGUACACUUGUUUAAAAAGAGGCAAAAAGGCAUACUUUUGACAAAUGUUGACAAUUUUGUAAGAGAUGUUUUACAUGUGCAUGGAGAUUAUAAGUCCUUUGGAAAUUGAUGUCCUUUUGCAUGCCACUCAUGCCUGACUUCAGUGAAACAAAACAAAACAAUAAGUUUUCCUAAAUAUACCAUUUCUGGCACAGAGUUAAAUGCACUAGUUGCAUGUGCAUUCAGCAAAGCAAAAUAAAAAAUGCAAACAGCAAAUAAAGAAGAAAAACAAUUUAAUAGUUGUGAUCUGCCAACCUCAGUGCUCCAAGAUCCAUAAUACAAUAUAUAAAAAAUGUUAUCAACAUCUAUGCUGUAUUCAUAGGGUACCUUCUGGUUAUUAGAAGCAAUAAACUCUACUUACUGUAAUAUAAAAAGCGAGCAGAUAUUGUAGUUCAUAAUGGUGUAAUAUCUGACAUUCAGUAGGUAUUCUCUGAUACUGCAUUUGAUGUAGUAUUGUCAUCAAGAAGGACCAAGUGUCAAAUCCAUCAUUGCUGUAUGCAGGUGCAACACUAUGGUAAAGGAAGUGAAUUUGGCCCAUCAGCGUUACCCAGAGUGUAUUUCUAAUGUGGUAAUAAGUUAUUGUAUGCAAAAAGUACACAAUGCAAAUAUAUUAUUUUCCUAGAUACGUACAUAUGUAUAUAUAUACAAACUAAUUUUGUUGCCUUACUUUUGUUCACUUUUUUGACUCUUUUUCCAAAUUUUCUACUCCUAAGCAGAAAGUAUUAAACAGAACUAUUAAGAGAAGGUUCACUGGGUUCUGGGCUCUGUUCUAAUCCUAGUCCUGCUUCCACUAAAGCCAUGCCUCCCUUAGGCAUCACAGCCUAACCCACUACUUGAGGUCCAUGUCAGUUAGUGAUAUAGGAAUAAGAAAUCACUAUCCAAUCCUCUAGCUGAUUUUUUCUAUGUUGCUGAUAAACAAAACUUUAAAUUAUGGAGGUGUUUUGCAUGUGUCAUUUUUGAAGUUGUUAUAUCUAUAUCAUUACAACUUGGGGCUACAUGUCAAAUGACUUAUAUAAUUGCUGUAUAAUAAAUAGGAAGUACUGUGGGACCACAACACUGAUAUUAGUGACAGGAAAAAGGGUGUGGACUGUAAAUACUUUCUGCUAUGUAUUAAUAAGGACUUCUUGUAUUUUACAGAUUUGGGCUCAUUUUAUAAUAGGACUUAGAAAUCCAUUAAUUUGUUGGUUUAAUCAGACACCUGUGGGGUUAACUAAGCAGUACAGUUUCUUCAAGCUUCUUCUUCAUAAGUUUAGAUGUAGAUUCAUACAACAUAUCCCAGUUGCCUGCAUAAAAGAGCCACUAUCUUAUACUGGUGAUUGGCUUCAUACAGCAGUUAAGGGUUUCUAACAGUCCUAAACUAACUCAUCCAAAAUUCAUUUUGAGAUUCUACAUCUCAGUGUGGCAUAAUUGAUGUGACUAAUGUCAAUCUGGACUCUGCUUCUCUACUCCAACUUUUUUAUUAUUGGCUUUUUCCAGAACUCUACAUAAGCAUUUUUAGCCAUUUGGACCUUCUAAUUCCAGUUUUCAGGCCAAAUCUAAAUAAUGGAUAAUAAUGUAAAGGUAAAUAAAUGAGAAAAAAUACACAAAAGUUGGGGCUGCCUGUUGCUUUUUAAUUGCUCUUCAAAAUGUCACACUACUUGUGUGGCCUGGUGUGGCUUACAAUCUCAUCAGUGCAAGGAUAAAAACAGGAAAAAAGGGAAGAAAAAAAAAAAAAGCACAAAGCAGGAGUACAAAAUAAGCCUGUGAGAUAGCACUUGACGAAAGGAAAAGGUGAAAAGCCAUCUGAAGUCAGUGGUAAAGCACUCGGUAAUAUGGGACAGAUCUUGAGUAUGUGAGCUGGCAAGGUACUCAGCCACAUUCCUGGUGCGACAAAAAUAAGGCUUGUGUUUAACUAUACAGCUAGAUCUAUUUUUCAUGUCUUCACAUUCAUGAGAAUGUUCAAGAUCUCUUGGUGAACUGCUUUCAGAAGGAAUUAUUAGAAAUCAUAAGAGGUUGUUACCUUGACAUUUGAAGAAUCACCCUGAAAUUUGAAUUAGCAUUGGGUAAUGUACAUAGCCUAUGUGCUGAAAGUAUUUGGUUUUGCUUGUGCCUUACUGCAUGCUGGAGGAUCUGCCUCUUUAUAUUUGUUUCCCCAUUUUAUACCUUCUGUGGCAUCAAACAGUUCACACCUGGAUUAAACUAAAGGAACAAACAGUGCUGCAUCACUGUAGGUUUUUUGCUACUUCUUUUCCUACUUUGGUUUACUACCAGCACAGCUAUGUGGGUGCAAGGAGAGCUCCAGGUGUUUAUGGAUGAAGGCCUUGCACAUGUAUAUGUGGGUCCAAUCUAAAUAAGAAUAUAUUUCCUGGAAAGCUCAGCACACACAGUGAGCUGAGUCCUGCAGAAAAUCUGUCCAGAUAGUUUGGAGCUUCUUUUAAAAGGCUGGCUGCCCUCCUCUUCGGAACAGGCUUGCACAACGCAUAGAUUAAAAACAUCCAGAACACCUACCUACUGCUUGUAACUGCACUGCUACAAAUGCUAGACAUAGGUUAGUCAGCUGGUGGUAGAACAUCUAACUUUUCUUGUGGUGGGCAAGGCUAAGGUGUGCAUACUAGUGCAGUUGUGCACACUAUUGUGUCUUAACUUUCAAGUGCCUCACCUGCUGCUUUCAUCCUAGACCUCUCAAUGGUGGCAUUAGUUAUGAAAAAUUUAAGCUGGUACAUUACCUGUGUCAUCAUAAAAUUGCUUCAUGAUAAUUACAUUUUAAAAUUGUUAUAGUAGAAAUCCUUUUACACUUUGAAUUCUUGCUUUUUUAUGGUAACAUUACUAGAGUUCAAUUAAUAAAUAAGAAGUAAUUGUGCAACUUGCUCCAAUUUACAAGUACAAUUCUGUGCACAAAUUUGGACUUAGACAAAGCAAAUGGUGAGUUACUUUUCUGCAUUCAAGCAGCUGGUUAUUACACAGAAUUAACUUUGGAAAAUGUUAUAGAAUACAGUAAGAAUGAAAGUACGGCUUUCAGAGUUACUGGUCUAAAACCCAAAGUCCAAGAGUAGUUACCAUUUCUAGUGUAAUUUAACCCAAUGCAGAGAAUUCUAGAACAGAGAUGUUUUCGGUGAAAUUUUGACAGAGGUUAAAAACCUCUUCCUAGAGAUUGUUUCGUGGUUUUUUUUCCCCCGUAGUAUAUAAUUUUUUAUAUACUUUUAUAUAUAAUUUUUGCACUUCUGGUGUGUGACCAUAGGUUCUGCUUGGAAAUAAGAUGCUAAGUGUUUUUCAGAUCUGUUAGUUUAAAAGGUUUAAGAGUGUAUAUGAGUCCUUCUUUUUUAUAAUGAAAUGUUCAGCAGCCAAGGUAGGAAGCAAAAAAACACAUGGAGCAUCAGUCAAAAUUGUUCUGCCUACACAUCAUGGCAUGGUGUCCAUUGUAGGCUUACCCAUAAUUUUAAGCAUCCUAGAAAUAGUUAAGUGUAUUAAAUUCCACAGCACUGAAGAAAAGGAGCUAGGCAUACCCACCUGCCUCUUAACACCACAUAGUUCUUUACACAUAAAAAUGUGACCUGUGACUCUUAAAACACUGCUUCUAAGGAAAUCGGUGCUUGUGCUGCCAUUAACUUGCCUUCAGUUGCUCAGUGCCAUCACAUUUUUGUUGCAGGUGUCCACUCAGGCCUGCUUACCAUCUCCUUCUGUAUAUCCUCCAUUAGAUGGUUGUCAAACUACUCCAUUUUCAAAAACAAAUUGUAUUUUCAAACAGGAGAUUUUCCAUAUAAAAGGGGAAAAUAAAUACCUCUGACAGAAUCUCGUUAGGAAGCAGUACAUGUGCAGAAAACGUGAAAGGGCAAAUCAUUGUACUCUGUGGUGGGAGUGCAAGCACCAGGAGCUGGCAGCAAGCUAGGCAGCAAGUCUUAACCUUGCCAGCAGCAGGCAGAGCAACAUCUCUGCUCAUUUCCCCAAAGAAGAGACAGAGAUAAGCAAGAGUGGGGUAGCCUAAUUCAUGUUCCCUAGCAGUUUACUAAACGUGCAAAUACAUUUCAAGGGCAGUAAUGGCAUCUGUGUCUGGAUGCCACUCUUCAUUAAAAAAUAAGAGCAAGGAAACAUACAGUCUUGGGGUUUUUUAAGGCUCGUUGAACUGAAGUAUUCAGUAGGAUGACUGUGCAAGAGGAAUCUUACCAGCUGCUUAACCUGCAGAUGUUUAUAGGAAAUUCUGCAUUGCUUCUGAACUAACUUGAAUAUUCUGCUUAGACCUUGAAAAAAACAAAUAAAAUUAUUUGCAUUAGAGUAGAGAUAUUCCAUUCCUCAAAGGGAAAGCCAAAUGAAUUAUUCUCUCUAUUUAAUUGAUAUACAAAUUUUCAGAAGGUGUCUUAGUCUGAUCUGUAGCCCAGUGAAGUCAAUGGAAGUAUUAACUUCAAUGAUUGUUGAAUUGUUAGAUCGGGCCUUAGUCUAAGGUCUCUUCCUCUCUCUCUAAGUUCAAAUUACAUGUUGCCUGUGACUUCAAAGGGACCAUGAGAAGGCCUAUAGUAUCACAAUAGAAACAUCUACAUAGGUAAAUAAAUCGAAUAGUUCUAACUUUUAAGGAACACACCUGUAAUUCAAGAUGUCAUUUUCUAAAUAUUGUAGCCCAUGGAACCUAUAAACAUUUUUGUUUCUAAAUAGCUAUACUAUAUAUAUAUAUAUGUAUGUAUGUAUGUAUGUAUGCAUAUACAUCGUACAAUACAAUAACUUAACACUGGGUAACUUCUAAUGAUAGGUUUGCAUUAAUAAUACGGGUCUAUUUUUAUGUAAAUAGAAUAUUGUAGAGUAUCUUCCAGUCUUUUUCAGGAUUGUUUAAUUGAGAAGACCAACUGAAUAUUUGUCCUAUUUUUAUGUUAAAAAGUGAAUGGACUGAAAUGUUAAAUGUGAAUGUAAAUUUCCUAUUGCAACUUUUAUACUGAGUGUUUGCACUAUUAUAAUUUCUGGAAUCUAAUUAAAAAUAAAGGAAAAAAAUUGCUUG